AUGUCGCAGCUGGGCUCAAUUCGAUAUGUAGCAGCAACUAAGAAGUCGCCGCUAGCGACCCUCCUGCUAAAAUGUCACGUGAAACCAGGAGCCAGCAAGUCGCGCGAGGGAGUGGCUGCUGUAACUGACGAUGCCGUCGAGCUAUGCGUGUCCGCCCAGGCACGUGAAGGCGAGGCAAACAAGGCUGUGAUCAUGGUGUUGAGCAAGGCUCUUGGACUUGCCAAGUCGGACUUGACAAUCACUCACGGACUAAAAUCCCGCGACAAGACUGUGCUGAUCAACGGCAAAAUGGCCCAAGGACCAGAGGUAGACGUCAUCUCACGAGCUCACGAGCUGCUAAGAAAAGCCUCACAGAUAGCAUUCAGGCCGGCAGCAGCUAUGGCUGCACAGGCGACCGCCAGGCGUGGCUUCCAUACGACGCGCCCGGCAUUCGUCAAGGUCGGAGACCCCCUACCCGACGCCGAGUGUCUGGUUGAGGGCUCGCCGGGCAACAAGGUCAACAUCGCCAAGGAGUUUGCGCUCAACAAUGGCCUGAUCAUCGGUGUUCCGGCCGCGUUCUCGGGUGCCUGCUCGACCAGCCACAUCCCUUCAUACAUGAAGCACCCCAAAAUCAAGGACGUCGGGCAGGUGUUCGUCAUCUCGGUCAACGACCCUUUUGUCAUGAAGGCUUGGGCAGAGCAGAUGGACCCUGCCGGCGACUCAGGAUUCCGCUUCCUGGGAGACCCCCAGGGCGUCUUUACCAAAACGAUGGACCUCGACUUUGACGGCAAGGCCAUCUUUGGAAACGACCGGAGCAAACGCUACGCCCUCGUCAUUGAGAAUGGCAGAGUCAAGUCGGCUCACGUAGAGCCCGACAACACUGGAACAAAUGUGUCCAUGGCCGACAAGGUUCUGGGAUGA